AUGACAAAUUUACAUUUGAAAAAGCUGAUAUAAAUUAAUUUGUAUAUUUUUAGUUAGAAUAAAGUAGGUUCAUAAGGUGUAUCAAACUUAGCUUAUCUACUACCUAAGUUUUUAAAUCUCUCAAAACUUACUCUGAAACUGAGCGUUAAUAAAGUAGCAGUAUUAGGUGCAACUAGUCUUGCAUCUUCUUUAAUUGAUUGCAAAAAUAUUAAAACUUUGAAAUUAAUUCUUUCUCAUAAUUUUAUAGAUUUUAAGGCUAUUUCUGGUUUCUGUCUUCAUUUAUCAAAAUGUACUUAAUUGAACGCUCUGUAGCUUUUUUUAGAAUUUAAUAAUAUAGGCCCAUAGGGAGCUUAAGAAUUAGGAAAUGCCUUAAUUGGAUGUUAUAAUCUUUAAAGUCUUAAGCUAGAUAUUACUGGCAAUUCAAUUGGUUCGAAAGGAUCAGCUGUUUUAGGAUAAAUUCUAAAGAAUUCAAAAAGCAUUUCUACUUUUUCUAUUAAGUUUAUUGAUAAUUCAAAUGAUGAUUUAGGGCAACAAUAAUUUGUAAGAGGUAUUUUAAAAAUGAAAAGGCUAGUAACAAAGCAUAUUUAAUUUUAUUUCUGA